CCCCACCGCCGCCGUCACAGCUGCACCAAAUGCCCGGCGAUGCACAAGCCCCCGUGAAGCUCUCAUUACCUCUUGAAUUCCAACAAAACAUCUUCAAGGAGCUACGCGAAGAGGAUGAGCUCGUCCUCCUCGCGCGAGGCCUCGGCCUUCUGCGCAUAGUCACGAACCUCCUCCACUCCUACGAUGCCGUUGGAAACAAUCUCAUCCUGCUUGUCGGCGCGGACGAACGCGAGAAUGUGUGGAUUGGCGAGGCGCUCGCUGAGCAUGCGGCUGUCAGCCAGGCGCCGAAGUGUAGAGGGCUGAGCUUGGUAAAUACAGACCUGAUGAGCGUGGGGACACGUGAGAAGAUGUAUGCGCAGGGCGGCAUCUUCAGCAUCACGUCGCGAAUCCUCAUCGUGGACUUUUUGUCUGGCCUGCUGAAUCCGGAGACGGUGACUGGCCUGGUGGUGUUGCACGCUGAGAAGGUGGUUGCGACGUCACUUGAGGCUUUCAUCCUGAGAAUCUACCGGCAGAAGAACAAGGCAGGCUUCCUGAAGGCCUUCUCGGAUACACCAGAGCCGUUCACUAUGGGCUACUCCCCGCUCACGAACAUGAUGAAGAACCUCUUCUUACAGAAGCCAGCUCUGUACCCGCGGUUCCACGUCUCGGUCGCAAACUCGCUCGAGGGACGCAAGAAGGCAGAAGUCAUUGAGCUGGAAGUGCCCAUGACAGAUGCUAUGCAGGAUAUACAGAACGCCGUGCUUGAGUGCGUAGAGGCUAGCAUCAGCGAGCUCAAGAAGGCCAACCCAGGACUCGAGGUUGAGGACUGGACGCUGGACAGUGCACUCCACAAAAACUUCGACCAGAUUAUUCGACGUCAGCUCGAUCCCGUCUGGCAUCGCACAACGUUCAAGACGCGGCAGGUUGUUCGCGACCUGUCGUUGCUUCGUACGAUCCUCCAUGCGUUACUCACUUAUGAUGCUGUAAACUUCAACAAGUACCUCGACACCGUCCUAGCAGCAUCACAACCACCACCAGGUUCAACAAAACAGAAUCAAUCGCCGUGGCUUUUCCUUGACGCUGCCGAUACCAUCUUCAGCACCGCGAAACGGAGGGUAUAUACUGGCAAGGUUACCAACGCCGAGCUAGCAGGAGACGCUAACAUCGCUCCCGAAGCUCUGGAACCUGUACUUGAGGAGUUUCCGAAAUGGGUACAACUCGCAGAAAUUCUUCAAGAGAUCGAGCAAGAUGCCUACUUCAAUCCUACACCCCAAGACAGCUCCAAUGGCUCCAUCUUGAUUAUGUGUGGUGAUCAUGGUACCUGCUCGCAGCUGAGGGAAUAUCUUCAGACCAUGUAUGUCAGGUCUGAGGAGAGUACGAAUGAGGACGAGGAGGAAGGUGAACCAUCCGGCAGAUUCAUGAUGAGGCGAAAGCUUCGCAACUAUCUGUCCUGGAAGCGUGACUUCAGCAAAGUCAGCUCUACCCUCUUUCAGGAGAACCAGAAGGCUAUCAACGGCAGCACUGAUCAGAAGGUCCAAAGUGGCAAAACCUCAGGCAAACCACCACCUAACAAGCGGCGACGCGUAAGAGGAGGCGGCAACACUGCUACUUCGACGCGAAACGACUUCGGUGCUGUGCGUACAUCAGGCGACAAAGAUGCGCACAUCGCAAGCCUCAUGGCUGAACUCCAACCCACCGAACUGGAAGCUGCACAGAAGCCAGGCGAAGUCGGCUACGACCCUCUGGACAACAUGGAAGACUACUACGAGCUCUUCUCGAUGGACUCGACCAUCAUCAUCCACCCCUACUCUGGCGACCUCGACGAGCACAUCCUCGAGGAGACCAAGCCGCGCUACGUGAUCAUGUACGAGCCCGAUGCUGCGUUCAUUCGACGCAUCGAAGUCUACCGGUCAUCACACACCGAUCGCACCGUUAAGGUGUUCUUCAUGUACUACGGCGGCAGCGUAGAAGAACAACGGUACCUUUCCGCCGUGCGCCGCGAAAAGGACGCCUUCACACGCUUGAUCAAAGAGCGUGCAAACAUGGCCCUCACGCUGAACGCAAACGCGAACCUGGCUCCUGAAGAAUCCUUCCUCCGCACAAUCAACACCAGGAUAGCAGGUGGCGGCCGUUUGACAGCGACAACAGAACCACCCCGCGUCGUCGUCGACGUGCGUGAAUUUCGCUCUUCUCUACCGUCUUUGCUACACGGACGCUCCAUGGUCAUCGUACCGUGCAUGCUGACAGUGGGCGACUACGUGCUCUCCCCGCAGAUAUGCAUCGAGCGUAAAUCCGUGCGUGACUUGAUCGGCUCGUUCGCCAAUGGGCGGUUGUACAACCAAGUCGAGUCCAUGACAGAGCACUACAAGCACCCCAUGCUGCUGAUCGAGUUCGACGCAAACAAGUCGUUCACCCUCGAACCGUUCGCAGACUUCAGCUCAGCGAGCAACACGUCCGGACUUGCAGCGACCCCAGAUCUACAAGGCAAACUAGUCAUGCUGACCCUGGCCUUCCCACGCCUCCGCAUAAUCUGGUCCUCCUCGCCCUACCAAACCGCCGAGAUCUUCGCAGAGCUAAAGAAACAGCAAGACGAGCCCGACCCGCUCAAAGCCGUGUCUCUCGGCCUCGAUCCCAGCAUGGGCGGCGACGAGAUGCGGUCCUUCAACCAGACGACGCAGGACAUGCUCAGGACGCUGCCGGGCGUGAACGAGAGUAUUGUCACGACGCUGAUGCUGCAGGUGGAGAAUAUCGAGGAGCUGGCGAAUAUGCUGGAGAGGGAGAUUUGUUGGCUUAUUGGAACGAAUGUGGGGAGGAGGGUGUAUCGAUUUUUCAAUCGGAGUGUAUAUGAAGAUGUGCAGCUGCCGACCUUUUAACUAGUCAUAUAUAGUCAGUUGAGCAUGGUAAUGAACAUGUAUGGCGAAUGCAGGAGAAAUGGG